AUGACGACUUCUGCCUGUGCUUUGAUUGAUGGCAACUUCUGCCAGGUUUCAAACCGGUGGGCUUUAUCCCCAAGGAAUGAUUACUUGACCAUCAAUGGCCUGUUUAUUAGGUCGUAUCCCAUCAAAGUCGAAGACAUCUCGGAUAGGAUCAAUCGUGUUUCAUUACAUGUUGCCAAAUACCCUGUUGGAUUACAAUCCCGAGUACAACACGUGAAAUUGCUUCUAGAUGAGGUAUCUGAGGAUGAGUUCCACAUGGUAGGACUUUAUGGUACUGGAGGCUUAGGUAAAUCAACACUUGCAAAAUCAAUCUAUAACUUCAUUGCUGAUCAAUUUGAAGGUUUAUGUUUUCUAGGAGAUGUGAGAGAGAAUUCAACUCCAAGAAACUUGAAAGAUCUCCAGGAAAAACUCCUUUCGAAAAUGGUUAGAUUAGACAUUAAGUUAAGAAGUGUUAGUGAGGGAAUUGCAAUCAUAAAACAAGGACUAUGUAGAGAGAAGAUUCUUUUGAUUCUCGAUGAUGUUGACAGACUGGAGCAGCUAGAGGAUUUGGCUGAAGGACUUGAUUGGUUCGGUCGUGGAAGCGGAGUUAUCAUUACCACUCGAGACAAACACAUACUAACCAGUCAUGGGAUAGAAAGUAUGCAUGCAGUAGAAGAGUUGCAUGGGGAAGAAGCUCUUGAAUUGCUUAUGUGGAUGGCUUUUAAAAAUGACAGAGUUCCUUCAAUUUAUGAAGACAUUUUAACACUUGCAAUUACCUAUGCUUCUGGCCUUCCAUUAGCUUUAGUAAUAAUAGGGUCAAAUUUGUUUGGAAAUAGCAUAGAAGAAUGGAAGUGUACAUUAGAUGAGUAUGAAAAGAUUUUCAAUAAAGAGAUCCAAAAGAUACUUAGAGUGAGCUAUGAUGCUUUGGAGGAAAAGGAGCAGAGUAUCUUUCUAGACAUGACUUGUUUCUUCAAAGGUUGGAAAUGGGCGGAUGUCAAAAAUAUACUUCAUGAUCAUUAUGGCCAUUGCGUAAACUAUCAUCUUGGAAAGUUGGCUAAAAAAUCUUUCAUAAAUAUAACUACUAUAUACCCUUUGGGAUAUAUUCAUGAUGAAACAUUACAUAACUUGAUAGAGCACAUGGGUAAAGAAGUCGUUCGACAAGAAUCACGUAAUGAUCCUGGAGAACGUAGUAGGUUGUGGUGUCCCGAUGAUAUGGUUCAAGUUUUAAGAGAAAACACGGGAACUAGUAAAAUUGAAAUGAUAUAUAUGAAUUUCCCCUCCAUGGAAUUCGAAAUAGACUGGAAUGGAGAGGCCUUCAAGAAGACGACAAAACUCAAAACACUUCAAUAA